AUGGCGUCGACUUCGAGGCAUGUUUCGGUCAUCUUCCUCCUCCUCUCCGUCUUGAUCGGACUCCUCUCCACCUCCGUCUCCGCCGGAAGGCCCUGUAAGACUCUCUACAUCUCCUCCUACACCGUCUCCGUCAGGCCUCUUCACUCCUUCCGCUACCCUAACCCUAAUUUCGGUCGUCGCUCCGCGGGGUUCGUGGCAAUUGUGACCGAAAUCGGCCACCAGAGCUCCUCGGAAUCCUCAUCCACCGUGAUUAGCGAUCGCGCCGUCUUCCCCGGCCUCGAAUUCGGGAAUCAUGUCGCUGGUGGCUCGCGAUUCGUCCCACGGGAUGAGCGGCAGCAAGAGGAGCACCAGGGCUACGCCGGUCUUCUUCCCUUCGGGCUUUCGUCCCACGAGAUGAGCUCUCUCCGAGACCGUACUAAGGAUAUCCUAAGCGUGGUUGUGGCUUUGCUCUUUGGCGUCGGCUGUGGAGCUCUCACUGCCGCGACUAUGUACCUGGUCUGGUCGCUCUUCGCCGUGCGCUCUGCUGCCUACUACGACGAAUUGUACGACGAUGAUGAGGAAGAGGAAGAAGAUGCAUCGCCUAAGAAGAUGGGUUAUCUCAAAAUCCCCGAAGCCGAGAAAGUUGCUGCCCCUGUUAAAGCUGUGGUAUGA